UUCCGCUUCCGCUUUGAUAAGCAGCCAAUCUUAUCCGGUCCUCACAAAAACUCGUUGGAGGAGGGAGAGCGAGGAAUGGCUUCCAGCGUCUCGAUGCUCUCUUCUUCUUCUUCCUGUUCUCCCCUCGGCGACAGCCUCAGGGCUCGUGCGGGCUUGAACCAGCAGAAGACUGCUGCUGCUUUAGGCGUCAAGAUCAGCGAGGGCAAUGGCGGGCUUCCCAAGGUCUCGUUGACCUCUUCUCGUGGCAGCGAAGCUGAGAUUUAUCUAUUUGGUGGAUGUAUCACAUCUUGGAAGCUUGCCAAUGGCAAAGAUCUCCUCUUUGUUCGACCAGAUGCUGUUUUCAAUGGGAAUAAACCUAUCAGUGGAGGAAUCCCACACUGUUUUCCCCAGUUUGGACCAGGUCCUAUCCAGCAGCAUGGUUUUGGAAGGAACAUGAAUUGGUCUCUUGCUGAUUCUGAGAACAGUGAAGGAGAUCCAACGGUAACAUUGGAACUUAAGGAUGAUAAUUAUAGUCGGUCAAUGUGGGACUUUAGUUUUCACGCUUCAUACAGGGUCAUGCUAAAUUCUAAGUCCCUGUCUACUGUCCUGACUAUCACCAAUACAGACAAGCAGCCCUUCUCCUUUAGCACUGCAUUACAUACCUAUUUCUGUGCAUCUGUGACAGGAGCAUCAGUAAAAGGUCUUAAAGGUUGUACAACUCUCAACAAGGAUCCUGACCCUUCCAAUCCUUUGGAGGGUAAGGAGGAGAGGGAAGUGAUCAAUUUUCCUGGAUUUGUUGAUUGUGUUUACCUCAACGCACCGAAUGAGCUUCUUCUUGACAAUGGACUGGGAGAUGUAAUAACCAUAAAAAACAAAAACUGGACGGAUGCUGUUUUAUGGAAUCCACACUUACAGAUGGAAGCCUGCUACAAAGAUUUUGUCUGUGUUGAAAAUGCAAAGAUAGGAAAAGUUCAACUAGAUCCCGAGCAGUCUUGGGUUGCAGAACAACAUAUUUCUGCUAGCUGAAGUGACAGGCUAUAUACAUUUUGAGUUUGCAAAAAUAAAUUACAAAAUAUUACAAAAGAAUAACUACUGUAUUUGCAGAAUCAGAACAAUUCGAAAAGAUGAUUGUCUUUGUUUUGUGAGAUGAAACUGGUAUGCCUUUUAGCUAAUACAAUUAUCAUAUUUUGCUGAACAGAGAUAAUGACAAAUGACUUGAGAACUGA